AUGGAUUCUCAUGACGUGGUUGCUGCCAGUGGAUUCGUUGGAUACAGCUUGCGACACCCUCUAGAAGGGCUGUCAAGCUUCGGUCCCACGCUGAACGAGGCCACGUUCGGUCUCCUGGGCUCCUCCUUUAAACCCGAGCGCGACAUCGCCAGCCUCGAGGGCAAGGUUAUCCUGGUCACCGGAGGUAAUACCGGCCUCGGCAAAGAGACCGUCUUCCAGCUGGCCAAGCACCACCCGGCACGUAUUUACUUGGCUGCACGCACCGAAAGCAAGGCGCGCGAUGCCAUCGCCUCCGUUCAGUCCCAGCUUUCUUUUCCGGUUGACAUUCGCUACAUCGCGCUGGACCUAGCCUCCUUCAAGUCCAUCCGUGCCGCAGCGGAUACCUUCCAGUCAGACAGUGACCGCCUCGACCUUUUGAUCCUCAAUGCAGGAACCAUGGGCAAUCCGCCCGACAAGACCGAAGAAGGCUUCGAGGUCCAGCUGGGCACUAAUCAUGUGGGCCACUUUCUGCUCACCAAGCUCCUCCUGCCCACAUUGCAGAAAACCGUCGCGCAGAUCCGCUCCAGCGGGGCGAUUCCCGACGUCCGCGUCGUGACCGUGGCAUCGGCAGCCCACGCAAUGUGCCCGGCUAGCUUCGAGGGAAUGACAUCUACUCCUUCUCUGCUGGCCGACAGCACCUGGAAGCGCUACGGUGCGUCCAAGGCAGCCAACAUUUUCUUCGCGGCGGAGCUGGCACGCCGGAAUCCGGAGAUCCUUUCGGUCUCCGUGCACCCGGGCGCAGUUAACAGUGAUCUCUACCAUCACGCCAAGGCAGCUGGCUCCUUCAUGAACUACAGUUUAACUGUCGCAGCGUCCUUUUUCUUCCGCAACGUGCGCAGCGGCUCUCUCAAUACCCUGUGGGCAGCUGGCACCCAGCGAGACCAUUUGGUCAACGGUGCUUACUAUACCCCCGUUGGAUUCCACGGUAGUGGCACAAACUUCGUGCAAGAUGGAAAUGUCGCCCGCAAGCUUUGGGAGUGGACUGAGGCUCGGAUUGCUGAGCUGAGCUGA